CCCGUCUGCACCAAGAUGGCGGCCGCGGCGGCGCCGUCACGGCCUGGCCGGGCCGAGCGGGGCGCCUGAGCCGCGCUGCCUGCCGCAGCUCCCCCGAGCCCUCGCGGCUCCCCCUCGGGUGGUCAUCCCCCCCACCCCCGCCGCCUCCCGCUCAGCCCCUUCGCGCGCGCCUCCCCCACCCCACCCCGCCCCGGCGUCAUGUCUUGGGCGGCUCGCCCGCCCUUCCUCCCGCCGCGGCAUGCCGCGGGGCAGUGUGGGCCGGUGGGGGUGCGGAAAGAGAUGCAUUGUGGGGUCGCGUCCCGGUGGCGGCGGCGGCGGCCCUGGCUGGAUCCCGCGGCGGCGGCGGCGGCGGCGGCGACCGCGACCGGAGAGCAGCAAAGCCCGGAGCCGGAGGCGGAGCCGGAGCCGGGGGAGGCUGGCCGGGACGGGAUGGGCGACAGCGGGCGGGAUUCCCGAAGCCCAGACAGCUCCUCCCCCAACCCCCUCUCCCAGGGGAUCCCGCCGUCGCCUCCCCCUGGCCCACCUCUCACCCCUUCGGGACCUCCGCCUCCAAUGCCACCCCCUCCGCUGGGCUCCCCGUUCCCAGUCAUCAGCUCUUCCAUGGGGUCCCCUGGUCUGCCCCCUCCGGCUCCCCCAGGAUUCUCCGGGCCCGUCAGCAGCCCUCAGAUUAACUCCACAGUGUCGCUCCCUGGGGGUGGGUCUGGCCCCCCCGAAGAUGUGAAGCCACCGGUCCUGGGGGUCCGGGGCCUGCACUGCCCACCCCCUCCCGGUGGCCCCGGGGCUGGCAAACGUCUCUGUGCAAUCUGCGGGGACCGGAGCUCAGGCAAGCACUACGGAGUUUACAGCUGUGAGGGCUGCAAGGGGUUCUUCAAACGCACCAUUCGGAAGGACCUGACCUACUCCUGCCGCGAUAACAAAGACUGCACGGUGGACAAGCGCCAGAGGAACCGCUGUCAGUACUGCCGCUACCAGAAGUGCCUGGCCACUGGCAUGAAGAGGGAGGCGGUCCAGGAGGAGCGGCAGCGGGGCAAAGACAAAGACGGGGAUGGGGACGGGGCUGGGGGCGCCCCCGAGGAGAUGCCGGUGGACAGGAUCCUGGAGGCAGAGCUCGCCGUGGAGCAGAAGAGUGACCAAGGCGUUGAGGGUCCCGGGGGCACCGGGGGGAGCGGCAGCAGCCCAAAUGACCCAGUGACUAACAUCUGCCAGGCGGCUGACAGACAGCUGUUCACGCUCGUUGAGUGGGCGAAGAGGAUCCCACACUUCUCCUCCCUGCCCCUGGAUGACCAGGUCAUACUGCUGCGGGCAGGCUGGAACGAGCUCCUCAUUGCCUCCUUCUCCCAUCGGUCCAUCGAUGUCCGAGAUGGCAUCCUCCUGGCCACGGGUCUUCAUGUGCACAGAAACUCAGCCCAUUCCGCAGGCGUGGGAGCCAUCUUUGAUCGGGUGCUGACAGAGCUAGUGUCCAAAAUGCGUGACAUGAGGAUGGACAAGACAGAGCUUGGCUGCCUGCGGGCAAUCAUUCUGUUCAAUCCAGAUGCCAAGGGCCUCUCCAACCCCGGAGAGGUGGAGGUCCUGCGGGAGAAGGUGUACGCGUCCCUGGAGACCUACUGCAAGCAGAAGUACCCGGAGCAGCAGGGCCGGUUCGCCAAGCUGCUGCUGCGUCUUCCGGCCCUGCGCUCCAUCGGCCUCAAGUGUCUGGAGCACCUGUUCUUCUUCAAGCUCAUCGGCGACACCCCCAUUGACACCUUCCUCAUGGAGAUGCUCGAGGCUCCCCACCAGCUGGCCUGAACUCAGACUCACGCGUGCGUGCGUGUGUGCGUGCGCCCCUCAGCUGUGGGGAGUGCCACCUCCGUGGGAGAGGGCUCGAGCCUGGGCAGGGUGGGAGGGGCCGAGGGCCCAACCAGAGCCGUGGGCAGAUGGCGCCCAGAGGAGGAGGGCAGCCUGCAAGGAACCUGGUGACCCUGAGCAGCGUUUGCCUGGUCUCCACGUCGGAAGGGACCCCAGAUCCCUUUGACGACCACAUGUCUACCUUCAGUGGCCUUGAGUCUCUGAAUUUGCCGGGGUCUCCCUGACGUGGGCGAUUCUCACCCUGGCUCCCCCAGCACAAAGCACUGGCCCUGCUCCCUGCGCGCGGGGACCCCGCGCCCUUCUCAAGAGUGGACUGGAGCUCCUCUGGAAAGGGUGUCGAGGGGCAGGCCCCCCCAAGCUGAUGGCCCUUCAUCCCCCCAACUUGACAGAGGGGGGGCAGAGGGAGGGCGCCCGCCUCCGCCUGUCAGCCCCCUUCAUGCAGCUCCUGCAGUCAGACUGACGAAUAAAGGGUAUGGUGAAGGGGCCGAUGGA